UGUUGGGGUUCUGCAGUUCCCCGCACCGGGCGCCACCCCUCCAUACCCAACGGCUGCCAAGCGCGGGCCCAGCCACCCCCGCCGCCAGGGGGCGUCCGCGGGAUCCCGGCGGGAGCGCGCGCCACGUGGUCCGGAAACGCGCUGGGCGUCGGCGUGGCCGCGAGGCCCCGCGAGCUGGGCGGGGUGCUGCGGGAGGUGAGGGCCGUGAGGGGGCCGCGUGGGGCUGCGAGGGGCGAGGUGGGCGGCACGGACGGUGCGGACACGGGCACGGAGCGGCUGGCCUGCGCUGCCCUCCCCCGCCAGAGCCGUCAUGUUGCCUGGCCCGCCUCGGCGGUGGGACGCGGGCAAAGAGCAGGCGCUCGAGGAACAUGGCUCCUCGGCUGGCAGUGACCCCGGGGAGACCUCGACCUUUGGAGAGGAAGCCCUGGAGGAGCCAGGAACUCCCCCGCAGGACAGGCACCCUCGGCCCUGCCCAGGAAGUACCGGGGGAGGCUGUGACCGGUGCACCUCAGUACCUCCCGCUCCCAGCCCGCAGCCCCGGUCCCGAAGGCCCUCCUGGACCCGGAGAGAGCUGCUGCUGUCCCGGCCUCCCCCAGGCCUGGCUGCGGAUCAUUCCCCGGGAACCCCAGUAGCCCUUUCCCCUCAGAUGGCCUGGGAGGUGGCCCCCUCAAGGAUGACCGUGUUAGCACCAUGGGAUCCCAACUACAAGGCUAAAGCGGGACCCCGGCUGGUGUGGUGUUCUGUCAUGCUCCCUUCACAGGGGCCCAGCUGUGCACCUGGCACCUCCUUCUCAGGCCGGACCUUGUGUCAUCCCUCAUUGUGGCCACUGUAUGAGGCAGCCUCAGGCGGGGACCUCAGGCCCCUGGCCCCUGCAACAGGACAUCAGAAUGGAGAGCAUGAGCCCAGGGAUGCAGGGUUCCCAGUGAUGUGCUGUGAAGAUGUCUUUGUUUCAGACCCUCUGCUGCCAUGUGGGCAGCGUAUUCCCCUGUAUCUGUCUGAGGCCUCUCAACAGGUGAUGGGCUCUCUGAAGCUGCUGCUCCCACCUCCUGUCAUGUCUCCCUGGGUCCUCCGCACCCCAUCCCCUGGCUGCCCUACUGCCUGGCUCAGUGGGCCUGAGCUCAUCGCCCUGACUGGCCUCCUGCAGAUGAGCCAGGGGCCUCCUAGACCUGUGGCUUUGGAGGCUCCCACGCCCCCUGCUGGCCCCCCAGACCCUGUAUCUGAUCACCCAGACCCCAGUGGUGACCCCAGCUGUUCUCACUGCACUGACCCAUCUGCCCCUCAAACCCCAGACACACAUUGAACAUACCCCUUCUGGGUGCAGAAUGGGUCCCCUACUCCCCUAGACAGCUUCUGUUGACAAUAAAAGUGUUGGUUUGCAAA